CUCACACUCUCUGACAAAACAGCAAUGGCUUCAUACAAGGCUCUGAUCUUCCUCUUCGUCGCUAUCUUCGCCGUGGCUUUCGCCGCCGAAGAAGGCCGUGACAAGAGGGGAGUUUUCUAUGGUGGAUACGGUUACAACGGUGCCGUCCCAUACUCCGCCGGAUACGCCGCAUACCCAACCGCCUACUCUGCUGGAUACGGACUUGGAUACACUGGAUACUCUGGAUACGCCGCUGGAUACCACCCAUACGGAUACUCUGGAUACUCCGGCUACCCAUAUGGUGCUGUCAGCUACGUCCACUAAAUUCUGAAGACUUCCCUUCUCCCUCCUUAAAAUCAACUCUUGAUUACAAAAAUCAGUUUUCUCCCCUUUGCAAAAUGAAACAAAUCAGUCAUAAUUACAGUUUUCAAUAAAAUAUUUUCCCG